AUGGUAGUGUCAAAAUACUUCGCAACGAUCAAAGACUUCAUUAACUUAGAAUUUGUAUGCAAAAAGUACAAAAACAACAUGACAAAAUUUCACUUUAACCCAAUUCCAGUAAACAAGAAGACAAUAAAAUACUUUCCAAACAUAGAGACUCUAAAUCUUUGGCGCCAAAAAGACGAGACUUUUGGGAAUUCUCUUUUUGGUGAUGAAAUACCAACGUCAUACUGUAAGACCGACUUCUAUCGAAUUAAUGUUUGGUUGUAUAGUGAUGUCAUCUAUACACCAUUAAAAGUCUUGACAAAGAAAGUUUUAAAAAUUUCCAAAAAUAAGUGUCAUUAUGAUUAA